AGAAGCAGGGAAGGAGGGCAAACCAAAAGUAAGCUAUGGAGAGAGGGGGAGUAAAGAGAGAGGAGGAGGGAUGUGUGGAGGAGAUAAAUCUCCAUUCAGCCUCUGCCUCUGCUCAGAGACAGCUGAUGCUUCAGAGCAGCACUACUGGAUUCAAGCACAGGAGCUGAAACAAGGAAAAACUGACUGAUUCAGAUUUCAACUGCAGCGAAAAGAAAGGAUUAAAGGGACACCAACAGCUGCCGUCUGUUACCAGAUAUGCGGCCAAGGUCAAGACUGCUGAGCAAGAGGAGAGUUAUGCUGCCCACAAUCAGAGAGGGCAUGGAGGAGAUGGUGAAAGACCUAAAUGAAGCUAACACAUUUCAUUUUGCUGACAACACCCAAGGUGUCUCAUCAGAGGACUACUUUCUCUCCAUCUGUCACCUGGCCCGCCCCACCUUUCCUGCCAGAGAUGUUUUCCCCCAAAGUCAGGAGACGGUGCAGCAGAGACUCAUUGCGACUGCUUUGUCUCCGCUGGAGUUUAGUCUCAACGAGGAGGAAAAUGGCAGUGGUUCACUGCAGGCGGAAGAGAAAAAACUGAACGCCGAGCUUAUGUGCUGCAACUCUGACCCAUUGGAGUAUCUCUAUGGAAAUCAGAAUAACCUUAUAGCCCUUCCAGGAAGGGUGAGGAAAGCAUUUGUUAAGGGAAGGUUGGCAGGUCAACAUGGAGAAUUACUGGAGGGCCCAGCUCGAAGCAGAGCAAACAGCAUCCCCCACACUUCAAGCCCAGAUUUACCAUUCCAGCGCAAGAGCAGCUGCCCUGAAAUCCUCUCUGACAUCAACACCUCAACUGCAAGUAGUUGCCCAACACACAGCUUACCCAGGUCAGAGGUCAGGAGAGUCGGACCAGUGGACAAAGGAGAAAAAGGAACAAGAUUCAAUCCAGCCACCCAACAAUCCUUAAUCUCCCAGUGGAUCUCAGAUUGUCGGUCAGCAUGGAGAGAGGCACGUCUUCGGGCCUGCAUGCUGCCUGCUAUUGCUGAAGUGUAGCGAGUGCAGGGACAGUGACUGGAAAAUUCCUGAAAAAUAAACACAGAAUAUUUUUCAAGCCAGAGCAUGAGACAUUCAGGGCAGAGCUGGUCCCAGGUCGUAACAGGAGCCGAGGUAAAAUGCAAAACCAGUUUUCAACCAUAAAGUGGGAACCAACAAACCCAGUUAACAGUACUCUCAGUGAUGUUUUCACAUUCACAAGCUACAGGAUAAAACCUACACUGACAUGAUGAAGCAUAUUCCCAGCUUUGAGACAAACAGUGGACAUGAAUAAAUCAUGAGUAGUUAAUCAUGAAUUUGUUUAAAUAAAUGGUUCUACAAUUUAUUUUGCAAUUUAUUGAUUUUUCAGCUAUUCUUUAUUGAAACUGAAGCCCCCACGUGAGCAAGAGACCCAAAGCAGCUUAUGCCUCAGACAGGCUUUGAUUCUGACAUAUGUAGAAAUACAUGUUUGAAAACAUACAGAGGAAAAGAAAUGUUGUCAAUGUUUCAUACUCUUAGUGUUUGCUGUUGAUCUUGUAAAUACACGAACAUGGACCAAGCUUGUUUUAUAUAUUGUGUGUAAUGACUUGUAAAGCAAAACAAAUAAACCUGUCUUUUAAUAUGCA